AUGGAUGACAUGCGAAACAUUUCGGCCAGUGCUGCCGCGUGCCGCGAGGGUUCCUGCUAUAACAAUGUUGCCGACAAUGAACUUGUAACAAAUGGAUUCAGACUGCUCUGCAAAGCCGCCUUUCCCAAACGUACACGACGCGGGGUGUCUGAAACCACUCACCGCUCUGAUAAUCGCGGCCGGAGCGGUGUAUCGAUCAGCGAACAUCGCCGCCACGAUUAUUUUGUUAUUCACAAUGGCAUUAGCACUCUUCAUUCAUUGUAUUGUUGUUGAAGAAUGAGAUGGACCAUGCGCCAAAACAGUUUUUUGACCUACUGCAGUUGCAUUACCAUUAAUAUUUGAUUUUUUAAUAAUAUAAACAAAUUAAAAAACACGUCAGUUGAUUCAUUAAAAUUAAGGUGAACUCAAAAGUUCAAACUUCCGUUGGCUAGAUCGUGGAGGUAAGAUUUUACAAACUCUAGCCUUGUUCUCGAAUGAUUAAUUUAUUAUUUC